AAAUUUUAAUAACGGUAGGAUGUGGAUAGCGUAAGUUCGAGAGCGGAAUUUUCGUUGUGUCAUAAACAACUUCAGCCUGUGGCAGGCUUCCUGCUUCAUACCACAAGCUGGGAAAAAGGCCAAGAAAGCGAGUUCAACCUUGAUAGUGAAAGGAAAAAGCAAUGGUUAUGAAUAACGACACACUGAAGCAGGGAACGCCGACUCAUGCUAGACAACUCGCGGAGAGCGACGACAUUGCUAGCAGCUUGGUCUUAGACUCGAUGCUGGGUUUUACCACGCAUAAAAUGGCCACCAGAUUUCGUCCUCUGAAGGUGGACCAAGAAAUCGUAAAGAAGGCACUCGAGCGAUACGCCAAAGACGGAGACACAGAGCAAGCUUACAACGAAAUCGUCUUCAACGGGGGGGAUUGGGGGCGAUGCUACUUCAUCACAAAAUCCAAAACUCAGAUUGCGGCCUUCAAGGAACACGUAAGUUUAUAUAUUUUGGUCUACAGUCAAAAUUCUUUUCUUCCUUUAUGUUAUUUUCCUUCUCCGAAAGUGCAGCAUAUUUUGAACUGAUUUGAAGGAGCUUUCGUAUUUCGAUUUGUAAACGCGUGUUCCGCUGUGUGUUGCAAAGAGCUUUACUACGACUUAAAAAAACUUUUGUGUGUUCCUAAUUUAUGCACGAAGCGGUUUUAUUGUUUUAUUUUCGGGUAUCCAACUCUUGCAUGUCAAAUCUAAUGUUCGGAUUUGAAUUUUCACCGAACGUCAUCGGCUAGAUUUUUUCGGUUUGAUAUUUUUGACUUCCGUUGUAAAUCGAAAUUCAAUAUGGGGGUUUUGAAAUGACGUAAUCGUGCACUGAGAUGGUUUCGGUGCCGGCGUGCCGUUUCACAAUGCAUUUUGUGUCCCCCACAUAAGCCAAAAGCAAAGCGCUCUUGAUUACAGAACUUUUCUUAUAUAUGAAUUAUUAAUCCAAGUGGUCUUGAUAUUUACAUGGCUAUUGCCGAAUCUUUGCUGAUGUCAUUGUUUACAUUUUUUCUCAUUAGAAUACGAAGGAGCCAUGGCCGUAUAUACGAACUAAAUUCAAAAGUUGAAAGAGCUGAUGAACAUGAGCAAUUUGUGCAAUUUUCAGCUCUUUGCAAGCAAUAAUGAAGAAAAAUCAGCCAUUGAAAACUGCAAAAUUGCUGGGUGGCAAGACAGUUAAUUAGCUAUAUAUAAUCAGAUAAUUUCUCCGAAACCAUUUGGUAUAUCAGGGUCAAAUUUUCAGAGAUAACUGAAAUUGUUAUGCUCUUUCAAUAUUCAGAGGUUUUAUUUUAUUAGCUUUAUCAGAUAAUGAUAAGCAUAUAUUAAUGAGGCAAAAAAUAUAAAUAAAUAUUUGCCUAUAAAAAUAUAAAUUGAGGACUCACUUUGGAAAAGUGUGAUAGCCUGGAAUCUAGAGAAAGGGUGAUAGGAACUUCAAUUCACACAGUAAUAUUGUCGCAUGACCAGUGUAUAACUCAAGUUACAGAACAUCAGCUCUGAACAGGAUAAUCUGUGAGAGGCUUUUUUCAAUAAAGCAGCAAUCAGUAAAACAGACAUCAGGAUUAAUAAUAUUGUAACUUUAGUUUUGGGUUUGUAAAGUGCUUUGUAUGGUGUGUUGCAUCCCUCCAAAUAAUCCUCCAAGUGCCUGUGCAUCUGCCUUCAACCCAGGUUACUACUCUUUUCCAUUGUGAACUGUAUAGACCAAUAGAUCAGUGGUAUAGUUUACUGUUCUCACUUUCGUCCACUUUGAUGAAGAAGGACAGAAAUAAAAGGUGACAAGUUUUUCUUUUGAUUGUAAGCAAAACAAUAGUUCUUUGAUCUUUAACAGCUUCUUCUUCUCGACUAUACAAACAGGUUCCUUUAUAAAGGAAUCAGCCUUACAUUACUCUUUGUUUUCACUCAGAAUACAUUAGCAAAUGUCUACAAAUUAAAUGCUUUUUUUCUGCAUUAGGUUUUCAGAUACAUUGGAAUUUUUAAUUCAAACUCUGGUUUUAAAGUCGUGCCUUGUGACCGAUAUUCUGGUGAGGAACGAGGUGCAAAAGUUGUGUCUACAUGUGAUUGGUAAGUAGAUCUUAAUACUUGUCUUCAAAAGUGCUUUUCCUCUCAGGGCUCAGAAAAAUACGAAAAAUGAAAUAACUUGCUCACAGUCAAGUCCUAACUGAUUGAAAUCUGUCAUCCUGGUCUUGCUUCAAGGAAUGAUUCAACUGUGGCAGGAUUAGCUCAGUCAGUAGAGCGCUUGACUGCAGAGGGGGAGGUCGCAGGUUCAAUUCCUGGGGCCAGACCAAUACUUAAAAUAACUUAGAAAUGAAGGUACAGUUUUCUUUGCCCUGCAGGCGGCUGGACCUUUGCAUGGCUCAGAUGACCUCGUAAAAUGGCGGUCCCGUCUCCAUUAGGAGACGUAAUAAUAGUGUCUCCAGUUAGCGCUUCCAUGAUAAAUACAUUGACACCGAAAUAAAGUGCCUUUUUUUGAUAGACUCAUAGUUUUAAAACUGAGUUUUGGUUAGAAACAUGAAAUUUGCAGGGUGCUAUGAGUGUUGGCCACAUGUUGAAAGUGAUUCAAGGGUCUUGAGAACUCAAAAAUGGCCUAUCCUGACAAACACUUGAUACUAUUACUAUUACAAGGCUUGAAAAAACUUGAAUUUCAGCUUGUCCUGUGUGCAAGCAGCUCUCAUAUUCUGCUUAUCUAGGGCCACUUCUUGCUUGUCUUAGUUAAUGAUUUGUUAGAGGAUGACUUGCCUGGACCCCUGCCCAUGGGGCAAAAUAGCUUAAAAAGUUACUUGCCCCGCAAGAAAAUCUACUUGUCUCAGACUANGUCGUUUUUAGUAUCGUCACGCAACGCUCCUCAAAGUGGAAGCCAAUCAAAACACUGCAUUUGACAAAAGAAUCGUUUCAAAACAAAAACACAAGCGCGCAAAGCCGUUUGGGUGAACAUGGGCCUUUAAAAUAACUUAGAAAUGAAGGUACAGUUUUCUUUGCCCUGCAGGCGGCUGGACCUUUGCGUGGCUCAGAUGACCACGUAAAAUGGCGGUCCCGUCUCCACUAGGAGAUGUAAUAAUAGUGUCUCCAGUUAGAGCUUCCAUGCUAAAUACAUUGACACCGAAAUAAAGUGCCUUUGUUUGAUAGACUCAUAGUUUUAAAAUUGAGUUUUGGUUGGAAAUAUGAAAUUUGCAGGGUGCUAUGAGUGUUGGCCACACGUUGAAAGUGAUUCAACAUGGUCUUGAGAACUCAAAAAUGGCCUAUCCUGACAAACACUUGAUACUAUUAAUAUUACAAGGCUUGAAAAAACUUGAAUUUCAGCUUGUCCUGUGGGCAAGCAGCUCUCAUAUUCUGCUUGUCUAGGGCCACUUCUUGCUUGUCUUAGUUAAUGAUUUGUUAGAGGAUGACUUGCCUGGACCCCUGCCCAUGGGGCAAAAUAGCUUAAAAAGUUACUUGCCCAGCAAGAAAAUCUACUUGUGUCAGACUACCAGACAGGACUUUUUUCUUGGUGGAUCCAUUGUUAUUACAGGCACAUUUAACUGUGACAAAAUUUCAUUGUGUUAUCCAAUGCCUAAGUUUAACAUCUACUGUUAUCUCUAGAUAGCCCAGAGUUGUGCUCUAGCAGCACCCAGAGGCCCGUAGCACCCUGCUUUUGCUCUCGCGUGACUAGGAAAUCUCAGUUUUUGUUUAGAAAUCAUGUGCUAGGCAGCCUGGUUUUCACAGGUUCAGAGCAUUGGGCUCCCUAGAAUUUCUCUUAGAACAUGGCCUUGUAGCCAAUAUAGUGUUUUUAUUGCAGGACUGUGUUGCAGCAGAGGCCAGUGGCUGCUAGUGAAGUACUUUAAUAUACCAUAGUGCAUGGAGGAAAUAUUAGCCCUUGCACAAGACUUGACGCUGUACACUGUAUAUGCCGGGCACCCUGCUAGAUUAUUGUUUUGCGCUCCCAUUUCGUAGCACAGAGGAAAUUUUUUUGCCAUGCUCAGUGAAUUAUCAUUCUUCUACUUUUAGGUACAAAGGUGACAAGCUUCCGUAUCUGUGUGGAUGCAUUGCAGCAAUGACUGAGGAGGAAGAGAAAAAGCUUCUACGUCCUGGAGAAAAUGAUUUUAGCAUUAUGUUUUCCUGUAGGAGGAAUCUAUCACAACUGUGGCUUGGGCCUGCAGCAUACAUAAACCAUGGUAUGUAACAGAAACAAAUCUUAUUUUUGUAAUAUCAUAUAGUUUAUGAUUGUAUACAUGUACAAUAAUAUUGUAUUAGACAGUAUAAACCACUUAUUCACAAGUGAAUAGCAUUCAUUUUGUAAGGCAAUAGAGUAAAUCUGUGACCCAGAAUGAAAUGAUUUAACAUAUCUUCCUUUGUUUCUCUUGCAGACUGUCGGCCCAACUGCAAGGUAUGCUUCUGUAUGAGUUGGUAUCUUGUGCCUUUCAAACAUGCCUGAGAUGGUUUUCCUACUAAGCGGUCCUAUCUUCCACCCAAAUUCAUUAACGUGAACUUUAACAGGGUUGUAAGUGCUCUCUAAUGGUUAUUAUUACUCCUGAAACAAAAGCAAGUUUGUAUGGCUAAACAGUAAGUUUAGUUGUGAAACUGUAAGCAGUGAUUUGCUUUAUGUAAUCCUUUUUUUCUGAGAUGGCCAAAAACUGUUUUGGCUGCCUUAUCCAGCAUUUUUGUCCCUACUAGUGUGCAAGUUCAGGGCUGUGCUCUAGCAGAGCCCAGGAGCCCCUGGCGCCUAACUUUUGCUCUUGGGGGACCAGAGAAUCUUAGUUCUUUCAUGCAAAUCAUACACUGUGCACCCUAGUUUUUAAAGGUUCAGAGCACUGCACCCCCUUCAAUUUUCCUAGAGCAUAGCCUUGGAGGUGGUACUGAAGGUCAUUGAGUUGUAUGUGAAUACAAAUCUUUUGCAAACAAAUUUCUUGUUCCAAGGAAAGGUCCUUGGUUACACUGUAAACAACUUUAAUGAUUGUCAGUACUAAUAUGUACAGUAAGUUGUUUAAUGACUUUUUAUUGCGUGGUGCAGUUUGUGUCCAUAGGUCGAGACACCGCUUGUGUUAAAGUGUUGAGAGACCUGGAGCCUGGUGAGGAGAUCACAUGUUACUAUGGUGACGAUUUCUUUGGUGACAACAAUUGCAAUUGUGAAUGUGUGACAUGUGAAAGGUACAUCCCUUUUAAAGCUUUUCGUAAACAGGAUUCACACCAUUAAAAAAACAAGCAUUUCUUGAAAUUUUUCUGUGUUAAUCAACUCUACUUUCAGUUGUACUGGGUUUAGUUAAGCACCCUCAUUAUUAAGCUCUCUUUAUCAUGAUCAAAAAAAGAGUUUCGGGGCAUUGGUCACUUUGGCACAAAGAGAAAUUUUAUGAUAUGAGAUUAAGGUGCUUUACUUGUUAUCAUCAUGAUUUGACCCUUCUCCCCAAGUGGGGAAUAUGGCAGGAGUAUUUUAACACGUGUCCAGUUCACUAUGAUAAGAUUUUAUAAUUUAUUCUUGUUAGCAAUAAUCAAAGCUGAAGAUAAUCUUAUUACCACCAGACUUGAAAAAGUGACUCGUUUUCCAUCAGUCCAAUUAUCAAACCAAACAGGACCGUUGGGAGUAUUAAUUAUAAAUUUACGGACAUGUUUAUUCUUUUUUCAAAGAGCCUUUUUGACUGGGCAAUGUUUUGUUAAUAUCUUUUUACAGACGAGGUACUGGGGCAUUUACAUCCAAGGUGAAAGCUGUUGAUAAGAAACAAAAGUAUAGUUUCAGAGAAACGGACAAGAGGUUAAAAAGGUUGGCUCGCCGAAUGACAGGUAAAUGCUACAAAAUUAUUGAGAAAUUACAAGUCAGCUUACUGUAGUUCUUGGUGUGGUGUAAUGAAGGUGCUGUUUAAUAGUAGCCUUAGUCAAGUAGUUGUACAAUGAUUGUAGAACAUCCUGUGAGCAAUUAUGUUUUUGUUGCAAGUUACCUUUUAGAGUAAAGGUUCAAGACAACUGCAAUAGAAAGAAAAUUACAUAAAAAAAAACAAGACUGAGGGUCAUCAUUAAUGCUUCUGAGAUUUGGACGUGUGGUUGAGACUCCAUGGCCAUAGUUUUUCUAUGUACAGUUUCGGACUUUAAGGACAGGCUUUGGCUCACUGCACAUGUUUCUGAUAAUAGUUAUUUUCACUCCGCUGACACACAAAUCAGUAAUGAGAAAUCAUUUUACUGAUUCUAUGACAGUUGCGUGAAAAAUAAUUUCAUGAGAAUCUGACUCUACUGGUAAAAAAAAUAUUAUUGUUAGUACUUGAUUGAACAAAGUCAUACAAGUUAAGUUUGAUUUAUGUCUCACAAUCCUUCCAUUACCUUCCCACAGGCUCAUUUCUUGAUGUUGAUAAUGUUCCCUCACCUAAAGUGUCAGAUUCUGUGGACAGUGGUGCAGAAGAAAAACUUUGUGAAGAAAUUGAUUGCUUGAUAUCUGUUGAUCUCCACACAACUGAUCGUGAACGAAACCAAUCAACAACCACAAUUCCUACAAGUAGAUUUUAUUCUUCUUCUAAGAGACCAAAACCUCGGGCCAGUGUCACAAUUGGUCUAAAAGAACUGAAUGCUGCAAAAAGAAAACGACGGAGAAAAGGCCCAAGGUUAUGCAUGCCCACAAAACGUCGGAGAAAGCAUACUUUUAUUGGACAUAUUACAGAAGGCCCACUUGAUGAAGUUUGCGCGUUUGUUCCACCAGAGAGGCACACAUCUGUGGAUAGUGGUGUGGACAUAGCUGACAAUGCUGACAAUGAUUUGUUUACGUAUAGUGAUAAAUAUAAAUCUAACUUUACGUGUGACUUGUAUCUUCCAUCAAGGUCAUUGGGAAAGAACAGUGACGGUUUAAUGCUGGCCCGACAUCGUUUAUCUCUGGAUUCAAAUCUUGGCCUUCUUCCUCUUCAGAAAAGCAGUGCCAGUUAUCGCUGCCCGUGCUGUCCUUGA